GCCUGGCGCGAGGGCAGAGGAGCCUGGGAACUUUCGUUACUCCUCUCGGAAGGAAGCAACAGUAGUAGCAGUAGUAGUCAGCAGUGCAACUGCAGACGGUGUGGUGUUGCCACUAACCAUCAGGAGGUCGAGUCGACACGCGGGGAGCCAUGGACGUGCGGAAAGUGAACGAGUUGCGGGCCUUCGUGAAACUCUGCAAGCAGAGCCCGGCCGUGCUGCACACGGAGGAGUUGCGUUUCUUCCGCGAUUGGGUGGAGAGCAUGGGAGGUACAAUACCACCAGUUCCUUGCAACACCACUUCUUCAGAGAAACCUGAUGAGGCAACACCAGAAGAAAAGAAGCCAGAGGAACCACCAAAGCCACCAGAGCCUGAGAGUGAAGAGAGUGAUUUAGAAAUCGACAAUGAAGGUGUAAUUGAACCUGACACGGAUGAGCCUCAAGAAAUGGGAGAUGAAAAUACUGAGGUGUCAGACGAGAUGAUGGAUCAGGCCAAUGAAAAGAAGAUGGAAGCUAUUAAUGCACUAGGUGAAGGUAAACUUGAGGAAGCCAUUAAUUUGUUCACAGAAGCUAUCAAGUUGAAUCCUCAAAUGGCUAUUCUGUAUGCUAAACGAGCCAGUGUUUUUGUGAAAAUGCAGAAGCCAAAUGCUGCCAUUAGAGACUGUGAUAGAGCCAUACAGAUUAAUCCUGAUUCAGCACAGACAUAUAAAUGGCGAGGGAAAGCUCACAGACUGUUAGGUCACUGGGAGGAGUCUGCACGUGAUCUGGCGUUAGCCUGUAAACUGGAUUACGAUGAAGAUGCUAGCACUAUGUUGAAGGAAGUGCAACCACGAGCUCAAAAGAUUGCAGAACAUAGGAGAAAAUAUGAACGAAAGCGUGAAGAAAAAGAAAUACGUGAAAGGAUGGAAAGGGUAAAGAAAGCCCGAGAGGAGCAUGAAAAAGCUCAAAGGGAGGAAGAAGCUCGGCGGCAGUCAGGAGGAGGAGCUCAGUUUGGAGGCUUCCCAGGUGGUUUUCCUGGUGGCAUGCCUGGGGGCAUGCCUGGUGGCAUGGGGGGCAUUCCUGGAAUGGGGGGCAUGCCUGGUCUCAACGAAAUUCUUAGUGACCCUGAAGUUCUUGCAGCCAUGCAGGAUCCAGAAGUUAUGGCAGCUUUUCAAGAUGUUGCUCAGAAUCCAGCAAACAUGUCUAAGUACCAGAAUAAUCCCAAGGUCAUGAAUCUCAUUGGCAAACUUUCAGCCAAAUUUGGAACACAACCAUAAAGUCCCCUUUUCCAUUGCAAGAGGUGGGGAAAAUAUUGAUUACUUACCAUAUGUUGCAAUAACACAGACCAUUGUACCUCUGAUUCUCAAAAGAGAACUAGGGUGUUUUAGAUAGAAUCAUUCUUCCUCCCUCUGUGCUUCGGUCAAUUCAUCAUUUUGUUCAAUUUUUAUUUCAAAACACAGGUUUUCCUCUCUCAUCUUCAGUGCCCUGAAGUUUUAGUCUACAGUAUUAAUUUUCUUUUAAAACUGUUAUACUGAAAUGUAAUCUUCCAGUAGACUGUACCAAAAAGUGAAUGGGUGUUUUAUAAAGGUAUUGGGGUCUGUUUCCCAAUAACUGGAUACCUUAAUUAAAAAUUGUAACACUGCUUAAGUUCUACAUGGAGAGAAGUAUGGGGGCUUAGUGUCUUAUUAUUUUUACCUGGAACAAAUGAAAACAUAAUUUGUAUUAAUUUUUACAUUCACAAAUGUGACUUAAAACACUUAUUCCUAGAUCGGAGCACUUCAGUAGUAGGAAAUAACUUUGUCACACAGUUGGCUUUUUGUUUGUUGGUACAAAUGCUACUGCUGUUGGGCUACUUUUAAUUUUAAUGUGGUCAUUAGAUGAAUAUGCUAAUGAUCUCUGUCAAAGUACAUAGGGGAAUAAUGUUUUUAUUGAGCUGGCUUCCUUCCAUGGCAAACAGCCUUUGUAUUACUUCAGGUAGUUGACGAAUUUGUUGUCUGGUUUAACCAUUUAAUAUUGUGGGAGGGAAGCAUUGGUUCCCCUCACAAUCUCAAUUCAUUCGCAUAAAAAUCACACAAUGGAUCUGCCAUGGAGUGUAAAAGGUUUGAAUUCUGAAGUCAUGAAAGUCAUUAAUAAUAUCUUGGCCAAAGCAGUAAGAUUUACUAUUAUCAGUCCCAUUCAUACAGUGGGGUUCUCAAUUUCUUUAUGCAGUUUGUCCUUAUCUUUCCUUGAUUUUAUGGGAUUUUUUGGGUUCAUACUGUAUUUAUGGGUCUUGUGUCAUUUCUAGCUCAGAGCUUCCCUCUCUCCCUUCCAUACACAUCUUACAUAUAAUUGCAGCAUGAGAAUUCAUUGAACAUUUUGCUGAACGGUUCAUGGGUUACUAAUAGAUUAAAAGUUGUUUUUGUCUAUUCUAAAAUUUGAUUUCCUGCUCUAAAUAUUUGAAAGCUUAUUAUAAUUAGGUCUUGGUCUCUUCUAGGGCUUUUGAAUGUUUAAUGUUCUCUGCUUUUGUAAUUUUGUCUGAAUCCAAAAGCAAUGUCAUUUUUUUUUGUUUCUAAUUAAACCUGAGCUGGUUUAGGAACUCAGAUACAACAAUUAUCUUGUCAAAUGAAAAGAGAAAUGAAUUCAUUUUGCUUAAUAAAUAGUUCUGAAAAUACUUAUAGUUGCCUUUAAAAAUAAAGACUGGUUUUGAAGAA